AUGGCAUUUGACCCUAGUCCAGAUGAUUGUGCAAUCAUAUUGGCAAACAGGAGUCUCAGUACGUUGCGCGGUGGGAAUGGAAGAGCUGCUCUCUCUGAUGCUAGCAUGUGCAGGAUGGCGCGACCUCUUUGGCCAAAAGCCUGCUAUCGAGAAGGGGCAGCUCUUAUGUUAUUGAAGAAGUACGAGAGAGCAUGCGAGGCUUUUGCGGAUGGCUUGAAGCUUGAGCCUUCAAAUGGUGAUCUUGCAAAUGCUUUAAGGGAAGCCCAAGAAGCAGCAAAGAAUGCUCGUAGCCGUGAAAAGUGACUCACGUGUCAAGUCGAAUCCGAAGCUCUGCUUUGUUGCCGAGCACCUUUUGUCUAGCCUGAAAACUUCUAACAAUAAUAUCCUGUGGUUUUUAAGACUUCCGUCGCACGCAUGGUUGGUGAACUCGCUAGCUGUAGUAAUCUCGAUUCCAGUUCAAGUGUUAACAAACUUUACCAUCACAGAAAAUUAAGCUUGUUGUAUCUUGGGUGGAAUCAAGGAAUUCAGUAUUGAAGUUUUACGGGUAGCCUGUGAAGGAAUACUAGAACAAGUUAUUGAUUUCGCCGGUAGCCUGGUUCGCCCCCCAAAAAAAAG